AUGUCAGGACAUCACCGCAUCACCCUCGCCGCCAAUCCCCCUACUUCGAUGGCGACAAGUCCAAAGUUCUCGCUGGACGAGACGAAAAUCCUCUUCGUCCUGUCCUACCUCCGCAAUGAGAGCGGCACAAGCUGCGCCGCCUCAAGAUGGGCGAUGAACUGGAAGCAGCACAAUUUCGAGGGCUUCCAAGGACUAAAGGCGGGAGUCACCGCGACAAGCUUCUUAGAGGAGCUUCAGAGGGCCUUUGGGGAUUCUAACGCAGAGCAAGUCGCUGCCGCCCGACUCAUGGCCCUUCGCCAGGGCAGACGGUCCUUCGCGGACUACAUCUCCGACUUCGAAAUGCUGGCUGCAGACGCGGGGUACAACGUGGUCACCUCCACCGACAGCAAGGGCGAGUACAAGAAGGGGGAACAGGACAAUAUCCUCAUCGAGUUCCUGGAGCGCGGACUCAGCAGCGAAAUUGCAAGCCGCCUCUACAACACUGGCGUCCCCCUGCCCAAGGCAUAUGGUGCCUUCAAGAAUUGGUGUGUCAACAUCGAGGCGAACGCUCUACGCGAUCAGCUGCGCAAAGCAUUGCAUGCGCAAUCCGCACCACGACCGCCUCCCCAAUUUCGCCCGCAGGUAGCCCCAAUGACACCUGCACCCGCCCCGGCCCGACCCGCUGCCAACGAACCAGUCCCGAUGGAAAUCGAUCGCACCCACGCCCGCGGCCGCAAUAUCAUCUGCUACAACUGUCAGCAGCCUGGGCACAUUGCGCGGAAUUGUCCGGAGCCCAAGAAGAAGCGCACGUUCUUCAAUCGGGCCACAAUGCUGGAAGAGAUCGAGAACGGGGAUAAGGACAACGAGUUCCUCAAGGAGAUUGCCGAGAAGCUGCGCGAGAAGGGUUUUUGA